GACACAUAGUUACACUAUAAUGCCGAUUAUUUCGGCAAGCGGACGUCUUCUUUCACCACUGUACAUGGUUUUAAAGGAAUCCACAGGAACAUUUGGUCCAAGAGUGCAAGAAACUCUUUUUCGUCCAGUUAAUAUUUACAUCCAAGCUUCAACAUCAGGAAAAUUUACAUCUGAACAUUUCAAAAUUUGGUUCAGCGACGUGUAUUUACCGAAUACUGGUCGUAAAAGCAUGCUAUUACUUGAUUCAUGGACGGGACACUGCCCGAGUCAGCUACAGCAGUUGAUUCUACAAGACAAAAAGAUACAACUUUUAACCAUUCCAAAAAAGACGACGGGCCUUAUUCAGCCUUUAGAUGUGUUUGGAUUCCGGAUUUGGAAAAAUUUUGUGCGAACAUUUUCAGAUAAUAUAAUUUUUCAAGAGAAAGAUGUCAAUUUGCACUCCCGUAAUGAAAUAAUUAAAUUGCAUACAUUAAUCAGUUUUCUUCGCCUAGAUUCAACAAUCUUUUCCAAUAUGCUUGGUUUAAAAGCGUAUAUGUAGAAAUACAUCCUGACGAAUUUCAAAAUCCUGUAGAGUUCUGUUAAUUACA